GUAUAAGAAGAGGAGGCUGCGACGUCCACCUCCACUUUGUGUUGAGCUUCACCCAGCUGCCACAGCCUCCAGCCCCUGGCUAAAGGAGAACCUCCAGUAAAAAUGGACUUCAGCGGAACAUGGCAGGUCUACGCUCAGGAGAACUACGAGGAGUUCCUUAAAGCUAUGGAGCUGCCAGCAGAUAUCAUCAAGAUCGCCAAGGACAUCAAGCCCAUCACUGAGAUCAAGCAGAGCGGCAUGGACUUCGUCGUCACCUCAAAGACCCCCGGAAAGACUGUGACUAACUCCUUCACCAUCGGCAAGGAGGCUGAAAUUACCACCAUGGACGGCAAGAAGCUCAAGUGCAUCGUCAAAAUGGAGGGUGGGAAACUGAUUUGCGACACCGACAAGGUCCACCACAUGCAGGAGAUCAAAGGAGGAGAGUUGAUUGAGACUUUGACCACAGGCUCCACAACUCUCAUCAGGAAGAGCAAAAAAAUGUAAACUGAGCAGUUUGGAAACUUGUUUAUUUAAAAUAAAAGUGCUGCUUGAUAA